CCCGUUGUCCCCACAUACCCCCCUUCCUUCCUCUAUUCCCGGGAUCAUUUCGGGGCCGGGCAGGGCCCGUCCCUGGCUCUGCCCCUCCCAGGGGGUCCCCUGAGCGCCGUGUCCCCCCAGCCCGUCCCGCCAUGGGGGGGCUGCUGCAGGCGCUCGUGGGGGUCUCGGAGAAGGCGGCGGAACUGGCGCGGCUGUGCCGGCGGGAGGAGCCGCUCUUCCAGCUCCUGGUGGCCGAGAAGACGGGCCCCGAAAAGAACAGGAGGUUCCUGCAGGACUUCAAGACCCUGGCGGACGUUCUCAUCCAGGAGGUCAUCAAGCACGACCUGGGCAAGGAGUUCCCGGAGCUCCAGGGCCACAUCCACGGGGAGGAGUCCAACGAGUUCAGGGACGUGCAGGGUGAGUCGGGGGUCACCGGGGCAGGGGGCUCCACACUGGGGCCGUGGGGUUGUGACUGA